CAACCCCAACUCCCGCACGCAUCUACCUCCCACCACCAGACGACCUCCCCCUCUUCCCCCCGCAUUCUCACGCCGCCUGCGCUGUCCCCGACUCCCCCUCGCGAGACAGAUAACCCUAGCUCUCCUUCCCCUUGCUUUCCCUCCUCCCCAACUCCUCUCCCGAUCUCUAUAAAAGACCCGGAUUUCGAAUUCCCCCUCGAACCGGUGACGCGCGCGCUCCUUUCCCGCCCAUUUCGGCCCCGGAUUCGCGGCGCGGAGCCCCGCCGAGGUCGCGUGCGUGGUUCGGAUGGCGGAGCCGGGGCUCGAGGGCAGCCAGCCGGUGGAUCUGUCCAAGCACCCCUCCGGCAUCGUCCCCACGCUCCAGAAUAUUGUAUCAACAGUUAAUUUGGAUUGUAAACUUGACCUCAAAGCAAUAGCUUUGCAAGCACGAAAUGCGGAGUAUAACCCCAAGCGUUUUGCUGCAGUCAUCAUGAGAAUAAGGGAACCCAAAACCACAGCACUGAUAUUUGCAUCGGGUAAAAUGGUAUGUACUGGAGCAAAGAGCGAACAGCAAUCUAAGCUUGCAGCAAGAAAGUAUGCUCGUAUUAUUCAGAAACUUGGUUUUCCUGCUAAAUUUAAGGACUUUAAGAUUCAGAAUAUUGUUGGCUCUUGUGAUGUCAAGUUUCCAAUUAGGCUUGAGGGCCUUGCAUAUUCUCAUGGUGCCUUCUCAAGUUACGAACCAGAACUCUUUCCUGGCCUUAUCUAUCGGAUGAAACAACCAAAGAUUGUUCUUUUAAUUUUUGUUUCAGGCAAGAUUGUUUUGACUGGAGCAAAGGUGAGAGAGGAGACCUACACUGCCUUCGAAAACAUCUAUCCUGUACUGACAGAGUUUAGAAAAGUUCAGCAAUGAUGACCCAAGUGAAGGUCACGUUCUUCUAAUUACAAGCAUCCUUGAGGUUUUUUGUGUGACCAUAAAUUCUAACUGUACAUAAAAAGUCUGGCGGAACUUAUAGCAUCCUGUAAUUUCUGUGAGCCUCGGUGUGUCAUGGUUGGGUGGGUUUGUUGUGGUAGCUGGUGGACUUGUCAAAUUACUUCAGUUUGAGUAGUUUGUGUCCCAUGUGGUUAACUUGAGUGCUAACAAGAGUAGAUAAAUUUUGCCCUACUUUGUCUUUGAGACACGAGUCUAUUAAAGUCUUUUCUGAGUAUCUUUCAGUGCUGUGCGAUGAUGAAAAGACUGGCACUGUAGGUAACUGGGGCAAUGUACUGACUACUGACGGGAUUGUGUGAGUGUGACUGGUUGUAAGUUAUCUGUUGUAUUUGAGAUGCUGUAUCGUAGAGGACACCGGGAAUAAUCUUGUUGGUUAUUAUCACCGUAUGGAGGAACCGGUCGACUGACCACGCAGUAGACAUGUUUCUGUAUCCAAAUGUUCCUGCACUUGUGGUUUUUAACUUUUUCGAUGUUGUUGUAUGCUAGGAUGAAUAAUUUGAAUUGUACGUACUGUAUAAGAAUGCCUAUUACUGUGUC